UUUUAAAUGGCAGCAACUGUAAUUGCAAGUUCGAGGGGAGGUUACGAACACGCGUUUAUUGAUGAAGUCGAGGAGGGUCUUAAGUGUCCCAUUUGUCUUCACCCGCUGAGAGAGCCGAUGCAGACUCCAUGUGGACACCUAUUCUGCACCAGUUGUCUGGAGCUACAGACACGAUCGGGAAUAACGACGUGUCCAUUGGACAGGCAACAGUUUCCUGAAAACAGUGCUUUUCCGGAUCAACUGCACAAACGGAGAGUUUUGUGCUUAAAAAUUAAAUGCACGUUUCGUAAAUCUGGCUGCGAGUGGAUAGGCGAACUAUUGCAUUUGGAGAAUCACUUACAAGAAUGUCCGCAUGGCAUGGUUUGUUGUGAAUACGAAAGUGUGGGAUGCCCAGAACAAAUCCGCCCGCAAGACAUGGCUGGACAUGUUGAAGCAAACGUCAGCCGGCACAUGAAACUUCUUCUCCGCCGCAUUCAACAUCUUGAACGUGAAAACGCACACCUCCGAGCUGAUCACUCCUCAAAGUCACACAGUUGUACGUUUUUCUGGCGUGUUCUCCACUGGCAGCACAAACUAGACCAAGCAGAAAAGAAUGAAAUCGCUGUUGUCUACAGCGAGCCCUUCUACACGGACACACCUGGAUACAAGCUUAGAGUGGAGCUCUUUCCCAAUGGUGAUGAACGAUCAAAAGGACGACAUCUAUCUAUAUUUCUGCGUCUGUUAAAAGGAGAUUAUGACAGUAUUGUUCGAUGGCCAUUCGCGAAGCAAUGCAAGAUUGUUGUUAUGAGCCAACAGUCUGAUACAAGGCAGAAUGAUGUGCCCAGAUCAGUCAACUUGUCUGCAGGCCCUCAGAACAUCAAAGACAAGGCUCUCCAAAGGCCACAGUCAGAAGAACAAAAGCGCUCAUUCGGCUUUUCAACCUUCUUACCUUUGGAGAAUCUCAAAUCUGGGAACUUCAUACAGGAUGACUGCCUAAUCAUUACAGUUGAGAUCUACAAACCCACCUGACCAUGACACAUUGUAGAAUUUACUUGCAGCUGCUUCAUUUUUAAGAGAUGUGCACAAUUUUUAAGUUUUCAGUGCACACAACCUUUUUAAUAGCUAAUGAGAAAUAGUUGCUAAUUCGGCAUAUUGAGUUUGAAACUUUCUAGCCGUUUGACUGUUUGUAAUUUUGCAAGAAACUGGUUUUCUAACUAAACAGUUAAACUAAAUGUUUGAUGUCAUUAGUAUUAAUUAUAAACUUACAGUCCAAUAGACCAUUCAGU